CACCGGCGCGUGCCCCGUAGCCCGUAGUAACCCCGAGUCUGCGGAAGUGGAGACCCUUGGGCAGGCAGCUGAGACAGGGGACUGAAGGCUGUGGAACCAUAAUUUGUGAAUCAGGGUGUUUUGUGUGGUUUUUUUGGACAGACAGCCGUUUACAAUUCCGAAUGAGUAAGGCAGAUAGGAAGCCCCUUCUGAGAGUUUAACAAAGCUCUCAACAGCCCACACCAUGGACAUAAAGCUGGACCCUUCUCGAGAUGACCUGCCUCUCAUGGCCAACACCAGCCACAUACUUGUGAAGCAUUAUGUACUGGAUUUAGAUGUGGAUUUUGAAAGUCAAAUCAUCGAUGGCACCUUAGUGCUUUUCUUAGAGUCUGGAAACAGAUCCAGGAAGAAGAGUGGUUCCACCGAGGAAGCCUGCCGAUCGGAGUCAAAUGAAGCCUGCAGAUUUAGGAAGCUGGAACCCUGCCACGUUCCUGUGGCAGAUACAAGGACCUCCUGGUCUCAAAUGGGAUACAGUGAUUUUGCAAUUUGUGGUAAAGGUGAAAGAGAUACUUCUGGUAAAGAUGGUAACCAUGACAACCAGGAACAGACUUAUGGGAUUUCUAGCUCGAAGCACUGCUGUGACACAGGGAAUCAUGGGAGUGAGGAUUUUUUGCUGGUGUUGGACUGCUGUGAUUUAUCUGUGUUAAGGGUUGAGGAGGUGGAUGUUGCUGCUGUGCCAGGUAUUGAAAAAUUUACAAGGUCUCCCAAGCUCACGGUUGUUUCUGAGCUCAGGAAUCAGAUUGUACGUGAACUUGUGACUCUGCCUGCAGAUCGUUGGAGGGAGCAGUUAGACUAUUAUGCUUGGUGCAGCCUGGCUCCUGGCUGUGGGGAACUCCUGUUUGACACUGACACGUGGAGCUUGCAGAUCAGGAAGACAGGGGCUCAGACAGCUACGGCUUUUCCUCAUGCCAUAAGGAUACGGUACAGAACCAAACCCCAGGGGCGAUCAGUCACAUGGACCUCAGACCAGAGUGGCAGGCCAUGUGUUUAUACGAUGGGAUCUCCCAUAAACAACAGGGCCCUUUUUCCAUGCCAGGAGCCCCCCGUUGCCAUGUCAACAUGGCAGGCCACAGUCCGAGCAGCUGCAUCUUUUGUUGUUUUAAUGAGUGGGGAAAAUUCUGCCAAGCCAACACAGCUUCGGGAAGGGUGCUCAAGCUGGCAUUACUAUGUAACCAUGCCAAUGCCAGCCUCCACCUUCACAAUUGCGGUGGGACCCUGGACAGAAGUGAAGCCAGAGACCUGCUCGCCAAGUGACCUGGCAGCAGAGAGGUCCCUCUCGCCGUCCGAGGCUGACUUUAGGUGUGCUGGCGUCUGUGGCCACAUGGAAUACCCCUGCCGCUUCCAGGAUCCGUCCGCCACAACCCAGGAGAUCAUUCCUCAUCGGGUGUUCGCCCCCGAGCGCCUCGCAGGGGCCUGCCAGGAGACCCUUCUGCAGCUGCUCUCUCCUUGCCUCUCAGCAGCGCACGCUGUGCUGGGGACACACCCGUUCUCCAGGCUGGAUGUGCUCAUCGUUCCUGCCAACUUUCCAAGCCUGGGGAUGGCCAGCCCACACAUCGUCUUCCUCUCUCAGAGCACCCUGGCCGGAGGGAGCCACCUCUGUGGGACCCGGCUCUGCCAUGAAAUUGCUCACGCCUGGUUUGGCCUGGCCAUCGGGGCCCGCGACUGGACGGAGGAGUGGCUGAGUGAAGGGUUUGCCACUCACUUGGAAGAUGUAUUCUGGGCCAAAGCACAGCAGCUGGCCCCCCACGAGGCCCAGGAGCAGCAGGAGCUGCGGGCAAGCCUGCGCUGGCGGCGCCUCCAGGACGAGUCACGGAGCUCCCCGGAGCAGCUGCAGGUGCUGAGACCCAAUAAAGAGAAAACUGGCCAUGUGAGUGACUCAGGAUCGUCUGUCAUUAAGCAUGGGCUCAAUCCAGAGAAGGUCUUCAUGCAGGUUCAUUAUUUAAAGGGUUAUUUCCUUCUCCGGUUCCUUGCCAGAAGACUUGGAGAUGACACCUAUUUUUCCUUUUUAAGAAAAUUUGUGCACACAUUUCAUGGGCAGCUGAUUCUUUCCCAGGAUUUCCUUCAAAUGCUGUUGGAGAACAUCCCAGAAGAAAAAAGGCUGGGUUUGUCUGUGGAAAGCAUCUUCCGAGACUGGCUGGAGCGCCCGGGACUUCCCCAGGAAAUAGAAGUGCGCCAUCAACGUAAUUUUAAGUCGUUCAAUUGUGAAUAUGGGAUGAAGCGGUGCGCCGGGCGGGCUGCGCGGCGAGCCGGGGGCAUUUCACGCGGGGACGGGCGGCGCUCGGGACAGGGGUCCCGUUUCCAAUGCUCUGUGGUUUUUGCAUUUCAGGUCGCGAAAUGGAAGCGAGUGAACCGGAGACCCCGAAAACGGAAGCGAAGAGGGACCGAAGAAGCGUUUGAAAAGCUCCUUCCAGACCAGCUGGUCUUGCUUCUGGAGCAUCUGUUGGAGCAGAAGACCCUGAACCCCAGAACUCUGCGAAGCCUCGAAAGGACAUACCGCCUCUCCCAGCAGGAUGCAGAGGUUCGCCAUCGGUGGUGUGAACUCGUUGUCAAGCACAAAUACACAACAGCGUACAAAACCGUGGAGAGGUUCCUUCAGGAGGACCAGGCCAUGGGCAUCUACCUCUACGGGGAGCUGAUGGUGAGCGAGGACGCCAGGCAGCAGCAGCUCGCCCGCCAAUGCUUCCAGCUGACCAAGGAGCAGAUGGACAGAUGCUCAGCCCAGGUGGUGGCCGAGAUGCUGUUUUAAAGAGGAAAGAUCACAGUGAGAUUCCUUCUCAUAAGCUCCUAGUAGCCCUGGUGGGACCAGGAUGGCGCUGACCCGGACAUCAGAGGAAGGCGACAGGGCUGCUGGGCCAUCAGCGACAUCGGCGUCCGCGUCUGGAGCUGCUUUCCCGCGGCUGCUCGCAGCAGAGCACACGUGAAAGGCCCAUCCUCGGAAAGGGUCACCUCGUCCCCACCCGAAUGCGCCGCCUCCGCACACUGACUGCGCAUGGGGCCAGCGUGUACGCACUCCUCCACUGAACCGUUGAAGAGCCUGAGGCCGCGGAAGGUCCCCUCGGCAUGCGGCUGGAGGGUCAGGUUUCUGUGCGGGAGCCAAUGAGCUCCACUCCAUGGGCUUCUCUGGCUCAUUUCAGAAAGUUCUGCAGAAUUUUGGUCGAUAGUUCCGUUAUUUAGAUAUUUGCCAAAAUUGUAGUGCCUUUUGGUAAAAGUACGGGAUAAGAAUCUAAGAUGUAUUUAAUAAUAAAAUUUAAUGGAUUAAUGUUUUUGUA